UUUCUUUAUUACUGUUUUGUCCCCUGGGUGCCCUAGAGAUUCAGUGAAGUGUGAACAUGAAGUUUUCAACACCCAACUGUCCCUUACAGAUGCCAACCUGGAAGAACCUUCUAAUCUCUUGCUACUGAACUGGGUCUUUUUGGUCUGGUAUUUUCAGUGAUUUGGAGAUUAGUGAAGAUAACUGUUCUUAUCUACUUCUUUAAUAAACUUAACCUGAAUUGGAUGCUCACUAACUGCUUGGGAACACAGGGUUAACAAAAUACAACAACAAAAAACAAACAAACAAAAUUUAUAUCAAUAAAACUAUGGCCAAUUCAGGAUUCCAGCUCCUUGGUUACUUCCUUGCUCUAGGAGGGUGGAUUGGUAUCAUAUCAACUACAGCAUUACCCCAAUGGAAGCAAUCUUCCUAUGCAGGGGAUGCUAUUAUCACAGCUGUAGGGCUGUAUGAGGGACUAUGGAUGUCUUGUGCUUCCCAAAGCACUGGGCAGGUGCAAUGUAAAGUCUACGACUCGCUGCUGUCCUUGGACGUUCACAUCCAGACCACAAGGGCGCUUAUGGUAGUCGCUAUGCUGCUUGGCUUCACUGGCAUCAUUAUAAGUGUUGUUGGGAUGAAAUGUACAAAAGUUGGUGAUAACAAUCCUGUCACAAAAAGCAGAAUUGCUGUCUCUGGAGGGGUUUUGUUUUUACUUGCAGGUCUUUUAACGUUGAUAGCUGUUUCAUGGUACGCGACACAAGUUACUCAUGAGUUUUUCAACCCAAACACCCCAGUCAAUGCCAGGUAUGAAUUUGGCUCCGCGUUGUUUGUAGGGUGGGCAGCUGCCAGCCUUACUAUGCUUGGAGGAUCUUUUCUUUGUUGCUCGUGUCCGAAUGAGGAGAGAAGUGGACAGCAAUACUACAGACAGUCACAGCCAUCCGCCACAACCAGGGAAAUCACAAAAGUGCCUAGCAAGAAAAAAGAAGAAACAAGUUAAUUGCUGACAACUAAAUGAAACUCUCUCUAAUGAAGAGACACGACCAUGUUUUGCAAUGAGGACAAUGGAGCAGGCUGAAAAUAGGAUUUGGUGUUUUGAGUCUGCAUGAAGAAUGCGACAUUUGAAAGAACAGUCUCUUACUGAACUUUAUAAAUGCCAAAGCAGCUUAUGGCAAAGUUGUAGGACGGAACACUUGACCAUAGAGCUUUUGUAAAUGAAAGAGAACAGCCUGAUUACCUAUAAAAUAUUAUGUUUGUGAUUUUCAUUGUUUCCUUCAUUUUAGUAUUAUUUAAACAAUGUAUUCUAAUCUGUAAAUUUCAGAUCUUUGUAAAGUGCCUUUUUAUCUAACAUGCUAAAUCUGUAAGUCAAUAUAUUGCCAGACAGUAACACUGCAGACCUAUAGGAACUGUAGAAUAUUAAAAAAAUGGGAAAAAAAUAGACAACUUAUACAAAAAUGUAUUUUUUUUUUCAAACUGUAUAUAAAGGAUAUGUACUUCAGUUUAAAAUAUUUAGUGUGUCUAACUUUCUUCUUAAUAAAAAUUACAAUAACAACCAUA